AAGUACCUUAGCAUUUUCUUUGCCAUUCUUCUAGAAACGAUGCAGACCCUUGCUGGUAUGUAAGUAGAAAAGGGCAGAUUCGCCAACAACUCUGCCACAGUUUCCAGAGCCUGCCACUCAUUCAGUAAACGGAAAUUUUGAAAAGCUUCCAUGGUGUUGAGACCAGGUGGCUUCACAGUCGGCCAGGAAGGCCUCUGUCGCCUUGCCAUGCACGCACAUUCAUAGUCUAGGAAUGGUGUGGCCAGGUGACUUUGUCGCUGUGUGUCUGGGUGAGCCAGGAGCCCUUUCUUGCUAAAACGCCUUCUUUAAAGACUUGAUACCAACCUGGAUUUUGUCGACACAGUUCUGAGUUGAGGCUACCUUGCCUUGUGUCAGCGUCACUGAUCUAGAUGAGUGUGUGCACGAUGAGGUUGUGUGCACUAUUAGAUGUCCUUGGCUUGAAGUAGUAGAGGUGCCCUUUGUUGUACAGCGUCGUGCUGCGUGUUGGGCUUGGGGUGCAGUGCGCUGGAUCUUCAAACUCAUCAAACUCAUCGUCCAUCUACCCGCAGUCAUUCCUUCUCUCCACCGUCUCCCAGUUUUUAAAAAUCAUUUAAGAACAAAUCCAUUUCAGCCCUAAAUCAUCUGCAUUUAUUCCUGUCGGGAUCCCUUUUUAAAAACCAUGGCUGCAGUCAGGUAUCUGUCAUUGCAUUUAUAACGGCUACAAAAAUGCCACCACAUCACCAACAUGAAGAAGAGAAAUUCUUCCUUAAUGCCAAAGGCCAGAAGGAAACUUUACCCAGCAUCUGGGACUCACCUACCAAACAGCUGUCUGUUGUUGUGCCUUCCUACAACGAAGAGAAACGGUUGCCCGUGAUGAUGGAUGAAGCCCUGAACUACCUAGAAAAGAGACAGAAGCAGGACCCUAUGUUCACUUAUGAGGUGAUAGUAGUUGAUGAUGGCAGUCAAGACCAGACGUCACAGGUCGCUUUAAAAUACUGCCAGAAAUACGGAAGUGACAAAGUGCGAGUGAUAACGCUGGUUCAGAACCGUGGGAAAGGUGGUGCUGUACGGAUGGGUGUGUUCAGUUCUCGAGGAGAGAAGAUCCUCAUGGCGGAUGCUGAUGGAGCCACAAAAUUUCCAGAUGUUGAAAAACUAGAAAAGGGGCUGAGUGAUCUCCGGCCGUGGCCUGAUCAAAUGGCCAUCGCCUGUGGGUCUCGAGCUCAUUUGGAGAAAGAAUCAAUUGCUCAGCGUUCUUACUUCCGUACUCUGCUUAUGUAUGGAUUCCACUUCCUGGUGUGGUUCCUAUGUGUCAAAGGAAUCAGGGACACGCAGUGCGGGUUCAAAUUACUGACCCGAGAAGCAGCAGCCCGGACCUUCUCAUCUCUGCACAUCGAACGAUGGGCAUUUGAUGUAGAACUGCUAUACAUAGCACAAUUUCUUAAAAUUCCAAUAGCGGAAGUCGCCGUCAACUGGACUGAAAUUGAGGGUUCUAAGUUGGUUCCGUUUUGGAGCUGGCUCCAAAUGGGCAGAGAUCUGCUCUUCAUCCGACUACGGUAUCUGCUGGGCGCCUGGAAGCUCGAGCGAACGAGGAAGAUGAGUUAGCUUGCUGCCGGGACUGGACUGCACUUUGACCUACGGUGUCAUGCAAUUUCACUUGAAAUCAGGAUUUUUCAAUGAAGCUGUGAUGGACCCAUCCUCACUAUCUGCAAACCAUGAGAUGUCUUUGGGGACAAAUAAAUUUUUACGUAUUUGUGUCAUAAGUUA